GUCUACCUCUAGUUCUCUACCGCACUCUUAUGUUUCUUUAUGUUCAUCUCCGUUCCCUCUUUGUAAAAGGAGAAGAUAGCUGAAAGUGGAAGAAAUUUGCUAUAGAAGAAGGAGAAUGAAAUUUGUUUCUUGCAGCAGCUUUCUUAUCCUCCUACUUGUCAUGCAUGCUCAUGCAAGUGGAGCUAGGGAGAUGGCUGAUGACCAUUCGAAAGACUUGAUAAAUCACGAUCAUGGAAGCAAGCAGGUAAAAUUGCAGGGGCUCUCCGAUGUCGUGAAUGGGAAUGAAAUCAGAAAUGAGGUUCAGGGCGUAGAGAGGCUCGUGGAUGAUGACGGAAUCCCUAAGGGAAAUAAUGUUUUAAGACUCCCUAGCAUGGACUAUGAUCGGCACGGCGAAGAUGAUAGCAGUACUGUCCAAACUAGGGGACAUGCCCAUCAACAUGCUAUGUUUGACAAUCAUGUCGGGGAGAUUCAUCAUGCUCAUCUGUCAGCCCACAUGAAUCACAUGGAUCGUUCAUUGAUGGUGUUUUUUAUCUUGAAUGAUCUUAAGGUUGGCAAAUCGAUGCCGAUAUAUUUUCCUAAGAAUGACCCUUCAACAUCUCCCCACUUGCUGCCUAGAGAAGAAGCCGAUUCCAUUCCUUUCUCAUUAAAAGAACUUCCUUACCUGCUUCGAUUCUUCUCCUUCUUACAAGACUCUCCCCAAGCCAAAGCAAUGGAAGAUACACUGAGAGAAUGUGAAACUAAAGCCAUCAAAGGGGAGACCAAAUUCUGUGCUACCUCUUUAGAAUCGAUGCUUGAUUUUGCACGCAGCAUCUUCGGAUUGAACUCCCAUUUCAAAAUUCUGACAACUGCACAUCUUACAAAGUCAAGUACCCUUUUCCAGAACUAUACUAUAUUAGCAACACCACAGGAAACAUCUGCUCCAAAGAUGGUAGCAUGUCACACCAUGCCAUACCCUUAUGCAGUGCUCUAUUGCCAUAGCCAGGAGACACAGAACAAGGUGUUUAAGGUGUCACUGGGCGGUGAUAAUGGAGAUAGAGCGGAGGCGGUUGCUGUCUGUCACAUGGAUACUUCUCAAUGGACCCGCAAUCAUGUGUCGUUUCGUGUGUUGGGGAUUGAACCAGGGACCCCUGGUGUCUGCCAUUUCUUCCCAGCAGACAAUUUCGUAUUGAUUCCAGUGCCUACUCACCCUUGACUGGAAUGUUUCUAUAACGAGACAAUUUAGUAUAAACAGUACUUGUCCUGUGACUCGCCUAAUGCCUAUACAUACCUAGUUGAUGGCUUGAGCGAAUCAGUGUUAUAUGUAAGGAUGUCGCUUUUAUAAAGGUGUGUAUUGUUGUAUAAUAUUUGCUAGAUUUUGGACCUGAUAUUAACAACCCAAUAAAAUAAUUUUGCCUA